GCGAUCGCCUUUAAUCCGAUACGAUUUGGAAACAGUUUGUUGUUGACCGUCGUCGGUAGCGAGUGUUCGUGUUUUGAUUUUGUUGUGUUGUGUCCCGGUGGGUGUUGAUCAAUUGAUGUUGCGCUGACCAUGGCUUCGUUGUCUUUGCCCCGCGUUCUGCACCCCCGUAAAACCAGUCUGGAGAUCGAGAGGGAGAAUUUCGAGAAGUCGCAGAAUUCCUUGCACUAAUCCUUUAAUUCUUAAAUAACACCCCGCAUAUAAUUUUUUGCAUGCAUUUGGACAAAAAUGGCAGAGUUCAAUAUCGAACGAUACACAAUAUCACUGCAUAAAGCCAUCAACAAUGUGGAAGCGCCGGUCAAAGAGAAGCACGUACGAUCUGCCAUCAUCGGCACAUAUCAUACCCAAGGAGCCAAACUGUACUGGUCAAUUGUCCUGCGUUUGCCCGCCAUGGACGACCGGAUUGUGGCCUGGAAGUUGUGCCACGUGUCGCACAAAGUUUUAAGGGAGGGUCAUCCCUUGUGUCUUGUUCACAGUCAGCGACACGUGAACGAUCUCGAUGAGGUUGGAAAGCUUUGGCGCCAUUUAACAGACGGUUACGGGGCAAUGAUAAGGAAGUACACGCUGCUGUUAAUGACGAAACUGGACUUCCACAGAAAAAAUCCGCGGUUUCCUGGCCAUCUAGGCGUCACGCCCGAAGAGCUGGACUCAAUCGGCGGCAGCGACAUAAACAACUAUUUCCAAAUGACAGUGGAAAUGUUCGACUACCUAGAAGCGAUCCUGGAACUACAAGCAGCGGUCUUCGGUUCCUUAAACAUGGCACGUUCAAACUCGAUGACCACAGCGGGCCAAUGUCGACUAGCACCCUUGAUACCCUGCAUCCAAGACGCCUCCAAACUGUACGACUACUGCGUCAAAAUCAUGUUCAAACUGCACGCCAGCCUCCAGCCCGACAUCCUGCUGGGCCAUCGCGAGCGUUUCCUCAAGCAGUUCAAACAGCUGAAACAGUUCUACCAGAAUACCAGCAAUUUGCAGUACUUCAAGGACCUGAUCGCCAUUCCCCCGUUACCCGAAAACCCGCCGAAUUUUUUGAUAACAUCCACCUUCGGCGAUUACGUCACACAGGAGGUGGUAGUGCCGGAACCGGAACCGGAGGACGACUUGCCGACGGAGGGCAACCUGAUCGACACGACGGAUGCCUCCGAACCCGUCGAAACAGUCAACCAUCACUUGAGUUUGAUGCAACACGCGCACCAGGAGUUGAUAAAGGAGAACGAACUUCUUAAAAGGGAACGCGACAGAGUCAACAUUGAGUUCGAAAGGGUUAUUGCGUUGGAAAAACGCAAACUGGCGAUGCUGGAGAACAAGUUGUUGAACCUAGAAACUGACUUGGCUAAAAAGGACAGCGAAUUAACGCAGGAACGGCAAGUCAAGGAAGAUUUGCUUUCGUCCUUUGCCGAAUUACAAAACCACGAUUCUGAACAGAAAAACAUUGUGGAUAAAUUCAACAGACUGAAAAACUGGUACACUAAACUCAGGAAUGAACAUAUAGCAAAGUUGAACGACUAUUCAGAGUUGCAAAAACAAUGUAAAGUUACCGUCUCCAAAUUGGAAACAGCAGAACACACAAAAGAAGAACUGGAAAAUCGUAUUAAAACACUAGAAGAACAGGUAAAAGAAGUACAGGAAAAAGAAUCAGAGGUGCUCAAAACCCAGUCUGUGGAACUGGAGAAUUUGAAAAAAGACAAGGAAUUGUUUAAUAUGGAAACAGAAAUUUUAAGGAAAAGUGUGGAGGACGCGCUAAAAGAAAGGGAUAGUGCCAGAUUAGAGCUGGACAAUUUGACGAAAGAAAAGGACGAGUUGAAACAUAAAUCAGAGGAAUUCCAGUACAAAAUACUAGAGGCAGAUAAACAAGCUGAAUUAUUAAAAAAAGAAACGGAUGAAAAACUGAAGGAAAUCGUUUCGAAAUCACUGAUAAACAGCCAAGAAAUCUUGACACACGCAAUCGACGAGGUGGACAAUCCGGCGUUGACCGCCUUAACGUGCACCCCAGAUUAUUUAAAGAGUUUGAAAAACGACUGCGUGGGCGCCUUACAAACAACCGUACAAUUGUCGUUCGAGGACUACAGUUCUGUUAUUGUGGCCGCGAAUGUAAUCGCACAUAGACUGGCAAAUUUUAUCGUACAAGGGCGUGCAACGUGCAAUACUAGUCCGGAUAUUAAUUUUGGAGAAAAAAUGGCCGACACGUGCAAACAACUAGGCGAACUAAUAGUGAACGUGAUAAAGAAAAUGAAGGUCGCCCAAUCGACACAGGAAGAGGUGAACCUGGCAAUUCAAAAACUGGAAGAAGUGUCAGCAUUGGCGGAGAACAUUAACGUUUCUUUAUUGGGGGAGAAGGCUGAAAAUUUGGCGGACAUGCUCGAGAGCGAAAUGUCCGCGAUGGACAAAGCGAUAGAGGAAGCCGCCAAGGCAAUCCAGGAAAUGUUGAACAACUCCAGAGCGGCGGAUUCGGGAAUCAAACUGGAGGUCAACGAAAAAAUACUGGACAGCUGUACGGGUUUGAUGCACGCCAUUAGAAUUCUCGUGCAGAAGUCCAAGUUGUUGCAAAGUGAAAUAGUUGCUCAAGGAAGGGGAACGGCGAGUGCAAAGGAAUUUUACAAGCGUAACUCUCAGUGGACUGACGGGUUUAUUUCUGCCGCAAAAGCUGUUGCUGUAGCUGCUAAAUUCCUACUCACCGCUGCCGACAAAGCUGUAACAUCCAACGGAAAGUUGGAACAAUUGGUUGUGGCAUCCCAGGAGAUUUCUGCAUCGACGGCUCAACUCGUGGUUGCAAGUAGAGUAAAAGCGGACAGAAAAAGUGUUAAUUUAAAACAAUUAACUCAAGCGUCUAAGGAAGUUACCACAGCGACUGGUUCUGUAGUUGCGACUGUUAAAGAUUGUAGUCAGUUAAUUGAUGAAGCAGGUUGUUUUGUAGAAGAAUUAGACGUCUCGAAUUUGACGUUACACCAAGCGAAACGUUUGGAGAUGGAUUCUAGGGUCAGAGUGCUAGAACUGGAGAAGGAAUUGGAAAUGGAAAGACUUCGGCUAGCGGCGCUCAGGAGACAUCACUACCAGUUAGCUGGUGAUGGAGCUUAACUUCUAUUAAAAUCAUCUCAAAGUACGAUUAUUUAUUAACAAUUUAGAAUUAGAUAAUCCAAAGAUAGGUAAAAUAUUAAGUUUGUAAUAACUUUCAUAUUGAAGUUGUUAGUGUUAUACAUUGUAGUUUAUAUACAUUCAUAUUACCAUAUAUUUUAUAUGUUCGUAUAAUUCCAUUUGUAUUUACAAUUUACAUCUAUAAUAUUAAUAAAUUAUAUAAAAAUA